AAGAUCGCCCGUGGUUGUCUUCUUGUCUCACUGUCCGACAAGCGUGCUCUUCAUAUAUGAACAUUGGGUGUUCAGCGAAAUUUGGAGGCGGAUAGUCAUGAUGGCACUCCGACUAGUGACAAGACAACAACUUCGCUCCGCGUCGUUUCCAACUCCAUGCAUGGUGGUUGGACAACGAAGAUGUCUAGCUGAGGUCGUCAGUGGGUCAGAGAUCGCAACAUUACCGCUCUCUGGUGUUAGGGUCCUGGACAUGACCCGAGUCCUUGCUGGGCCAUAUUGCACUCAGAUUCUGGGCGAUUUAGGGGCUGAGGUCAUCAAGAUCGAGCAUCCGACGCGAGGCGACGACACCCGUGCAUGGGGUCCUCCCUAUGCCACCUACACCCAGGAGAGCGGCAAGCAGGGACCAGGCGAGAGUGCAUAUUUCCUUGCAGCGAACAGAAAUAAGAAGUCCAUCGGACUGUCAUUCCAGGAUCCUGCUGGCGUGGACAUCUUGCAUCGACUCGCCAAGGAUUGUGAUGUCUUAGUCGAAAACUACCUCCCUGGUGCUCUGAAGAAGUAUGGCAUGGACUACGACAGCGUCUCGAAGGUCAAUCCCAACAUCAUCUACGCGAGUAUCACCGGAUAUGGUCAGACUGGGCCGUACAGCAACCGAGCUGGAUACGACGUCAUGGUGGAGGCCGAGAUGGGUCUGAUGCACAUCACCGGACAUCGUGACGGUCCACCAGCUAAGGUCGGUGUCGCCGUGACAGACCUGACUACCGGUCUCUACACGAGCAAUUCCAUCAUGGCAGCGCUCAUCGGACGCGGAAAGUCCGGAAAAGGUCAACACAUCGACGUAUCCCUCACAGAUUGCCAGGUCGCGACUCUUGCCAACAUCGCCAGCUCAUGUCUAAUCAGCGGAAAGCCCGAUACCGGUCGCUGGGGCACCGCCCAUCCCUCCAUCGUUCCAUACAAAGGUUUCAAGACUUCAGACGGCGACAUUCUGAUCGGCGGCGGUAAUGACAGACUGUAUGGAAUCAUGUGCGAGAGACUUGGCAAGCCCGAAUGGAUCACGGAUUCCAGAUUCGUGAAGAACGCCGAUCGAGUCAAGAACCGGGUGGAAUUGGAAGACCUGAUUGAGAAAAUCACCUCGACCAAAACCACUCAGGAAUGGCUGGACAUCCUCGAGGGUAGCGGCUUACCCUAUGCGCCGAUCAAUGAUGUCAAGACCACGCUUGAGCACGAGCAUGGUACGACGCUCUAUCCCCUUUUGUUCCUUUUGUUCCUUCGCGAAGUAUAAAUUGAAAGCUGACGAAUGGCAGUGCUUGCUCGUGGCAUGGUUUCGACGAUCGAACAUGAAAGCUGUGGACCGAUCAAGUUGGUCAGCCCCCCUGUCAAGUUUUCACAUUCCAAUCCCACCAUCCGGACGGCGCCCCCGACUCUCGGGCAGCAUACCGAUGAGGUGUUGACCGAGAUACUGAAAAUGGACGGCGAGGAGAUUAAAGCUCUGAAAGAAAGGGGUAUUUUGUCAUAGUCUUGUAUAUAGAAGAAGAAAAGAACCCUGGAAUCAUUUUUCG